GGGUGAGGCUUGGCCAGGAUGCUGCUGGGCCAGCUCUGGAGAGCUAUCAGCAAGGAGCUGUUUGCUGAGUUCCUGGCCACGGGGCUGUACGUGUUCUUCGGUGUGGGCUCCAGUCUGCCCUGGCCCUCGGCGCGUCCCACCAUGCUACAGACCGCCAUCACCUUCAACCUGGUCACGGCCGUGGCUGUGCAGGUCACCUGGAAGGCCAGCGGGGCCCACAUCAACCCUGCUGUGACGCUGGCCUUCCUCGUGAGCUCCCAAAUCUCCCUGCCCCGUGCCGUGGCCUAUGUGGCUGCUCAGCUGACGGGGGCCAUUGUGGGGGCCUCAGUGCUUUAUGCGGUCAUACCAGGAGACAUCCAAGAGACCCUUGGGAUUAACAUGGUCCAGAGCAACGUCUCAACUGGCCAGGCCGUGGCAGUGGAGCUGGUUCUGACCCUGCAGUUGGUGCUCUGUGUUUUUGCUUCCACCAACAACCGUCAAGCAUCGGGCUCCCCAGCUAUCGUGAUUGGGAUCUCUGUGGCAUUGGGCCAUCUCAUUGGGAUCUACUUCACCGGCUGCUCCAUGAACCCGGCCCGCUCCUUCGGCCCCGCCAUCGUUGUUGGGAAGUUCACGGUCCAUUGGAUCUUCUGGGUGGGACCCCUGACAGGAGCUGUCCUGGCUUCACUGAUCUACAACUUUAUCCUGUUCCCUGACACCAGAACCAUGGCCCAGCGACUGGUCAUCCUCAUGGGCACUGAAGAAGUGGAGAAAAUGACAGGGGUAGAGCCCGAGAAGAAAGAAUCCCAGUGCAGUUCAGGGGAUACUGAAGUGGGGAAUGCAUGUCAGGUGGUAUAG